AUGGAAGCAUUGAAACAUAUUCAACUAUGGGAUAUUCCAGGCGUUGAUGAAAAUGACACUCUCGAUCAAAUUGUAGAUGAUAUUCUUGCUGACAGUGAUAUAAUUUUUGCAAUUACACCUCUCACCGGUGGCUUGCCAGACAGUUUUCUUACGCCCAUAAAGCGAUUGCUGAGACCGACACAGGAUGAACUAGUUGAAAGAGUACUUACAGCUCAAGAUACACUGGUUAUAAAUUCAAGUCCACCUAAAAAGCAUGCAGAAAUCUGCUUUUUGAUCUCAAAAAUCGAUGAUAUUAUGAGAGACAUGAAUUCGAGACUUUGUUAUCAAAAUACUCUAAACCAUCUGUUCUUUGAAAUCAAAACUAAGCUAAAUCUUGAUUUGGGUGACAAUACAGAGUCCUCUUAUCAGUUCAUUCCAAUAUGUACACGGCGCCAAUCAGAUUCAAUGACUGCCUUUCUCUACGGCUAUCGAAGUUUCAUUGAAAAGUCAAGAAAAUAUUUUGCGGAUGCUGUAAUCGAUAUCACAGAAGGUCGUCUCAACUAUUUGACUCGAGUGCUGCACGCUAUGUUUGAUUGUGAUGACUACCGACGAGCAGUCGAACAGGCAGAUAAGUUGUACACGCUGUUUAAAAGUGGUGUUCACAAUUUGGAAAACGAAAUUAAAUGUGAACUCAAAGAAGUUUUCGAUAUUAUGUGCGCAAUUAUUCAAGCUAAUCUCAUGGAUCUUGAAGCAAAGGCGUUUGUCGCAAUAAACGAUGCAACACGAAAAGCUGAGAUCAAUCGGACGGUUAGAGCAAUGCUGAUGGAUCAAUUCAAAAGAGAAAUAGAAAACAAUGAAAAUGAAAUCAGAAAACGUUUGGCUCGCUGUGUAGCAAAGUUCUUUUCAAAUAUGGAUAUGAAUCCAAGACAUAUACAAUUAUUGGAGGAAGUCCACCAAAAACUAAUCACGAGCAAUCCCUACAGUGUAGCACUCGGUCAAUAUGAUGCUCGUUUUGGUCAAUUAUGCGCAGCAACAGUAGAGAAUGUAGCAAGGUCCUACAGUGAUAAAUCAUCAACAUUUGAAUUAAGACUUCGUAAAAUGGGUUUUUACGCUUAUAUGUCAUUAGCCAUCCUGGUGGAUCCUAAGCAGGCAGUUUUGAUAAAAAUGGAAGAUCUCGUUGAAAAAGGCGCUUCGGAUACGUGUGAAUAUUUGAAAGAGAUGCUGAUGGCUGAGGUUAUGGAAAAAAUUCGAUCUCGCAUUUAUUCUAUACUAAUGAAGUUCGAAAAAAAUCCAUUUUACUACAAAAUUCAACAUGCAAGAGAGGUAUCGAAUUAUCUGUCCAUAAAUAAACAUGAAGUGACACGUGUAUACUUGAAUAUUCUGGAUAAAAAGUUUCGUCUUACAUAUCCUGAAUGUAAUGUUGGAAAUGCAGAACUUGAUAGAAGUAACUCUCCAGUCUACAUGGGAUACUUAAAGCAUAAUGGAGAGAACAAAAAUAUCGCUGCUAAAGUAAUAUCUCUAGACGACUUCAAUUUGCAAGAAGUUCGAUACAUUGAUGAAUUAAGCCAUGAAAAUAUUCCGCAUUACUAUGGUGUCAGAAAGAAAGAUGAUAAUGCUGAUCAUUAUGAGAUAAUCAUGGAGAGACUCGACUCCAAUCUAAAAGAAUAUUUGAAAUGGAAGAAAGCAAAAAAGGAACUUAGUGACAGAGAUAUCAACUUCAUUCUAUUACAAGUUGUCCAAGGUCUUGCUUACAUGCAUAAGUCGGGUUUUUUUCAUCGCGAUAUCAAGCCACAUAACAUACUUGUCAAAAUGAAUGAACCCUUACCUCCACGUUGUCUCAUUGCAGACUUUGGCUUUAUUCAUCGAGUGCCUAAUUCUGUAAGAGGUACAUUAAAUUACCUCGCCCCGGAACUUCUGGAGGCUAACACAGAUAAUAAACCGUUCAUAACAAUGAAAACAGACGUAUAUGCUUUAGGUGUCACAAUCCGUGAUAUUAUAAAUACUUCACAUAUUCGAAAACAGGAACAAUUUAUUACCUUUUGGACCGGUAUAUACAAACAAUGUUUACAGAAAGAGCCUGCAGAUCGACCAUCAUGUAGCGAUAUUAUUGAGCAACACCAUCGCUUAACGGCUUGUUAA